AUGUGGAUAGCUAAGAGGCCUACCUUCGACUGCGUGAGCAAGAAUCCAGACGUCGAGAGGGAGAAAUUGGUCAAGAUCAGCAUCACGUGGGAGGAAGAAGUGGGCGGGGAUAUAGUGAAAAAUUCGGAGGCGGGGAGGAAGAAUCAGAACAUGAUCAGAUAUCGGAAGGACAAUGGUUUGGCCCGUAAGGCGGCCAAUUUCAUCAUGAACCUGGAACCCGUGUGA